AUGGAGAUCGAUCACAUCUCACAGACAUCUCACAGACAUCUCACAGACGUCAUCUCACAGACAUCUCACAGACAUCUCACUGACAUCUCACAGACGUCAUCUCACAGACAUCUCACAGACAUCUCACUGACAUCUCACAGACGUCAUCUCACAGACAUCUCACAGACGUCAUCUCACAGACAUCUCACAGACAUCUCACAGACAUCUCACAGACAUCUCACAGACACAUCUCACAGACAUCUCACAGACGUCAUCUCACAGACAUCUCACAGACGCUGGAUCCAAAGAACAGCUUUAGACCAGAGAAAAGAGAGAGGGUCAGAGAAACCAGGAGCCACAGACGAGAAACCAGGAUCCACAGACGAGAAACCAGGAGCCGCAGACGAGAAACCAGGAGCCACAGACGAAAAACCAGGAGCCACAGACGAAAAACCAGGGGCCACAGACGAGAAACCAGGAAACACUACGUCCACAGCUGAGAAAGAGGGAUUUUCAUGUUGA